AACGCCUUUCCACUUUACGAAUCCAGCCGAGCAGACAGCGGUCUCUACCAUUUCCAGCUUUCCUUUCGGUCAAAAGACCGGAGGAGAAAGUUUAGAGAGAGAAACAUCUUAACAACUGCAACCCACCUCUCCAUUCCCUUUUGCAAACCCCACCUCCAUUUAACGGAACAACUGUAAAAGAAUUAUAUACUGUACAUCUUUAUAUUGUUAGAGAGAGAGAGAGAGAGUAGUAGUGUUUGGAGUGAUGGCUGGAUACAGAGCCGAAGAUGACUAUGACUACCUCUUCAAAGUGGUUCUGAUCGGAGAUUCGGGUGUUGGCAAGUCCAAUUUGCUUUCUAGGUUCACUAGGAAUGAGUUCAGCCUCGAAUCCAAGUCCACAAUCGGUGUUGAGUUCGCCACCAGAAGCUUGAAUGUUGAUGGCAAGGUUAUCAAAGCUCAGAUUUGGGAUACUGCUGGUCAAGAAAGGUACCGUGCCAUCACUAGUGCUUAUUACCGGGGUGCUGUUGGUGCACUGCUUGUGUAUGAUGUCACCAGGCACUCUACAUUCGAAAAUGUUGAAAGGUGGCUAAGGGAGUUGAGGGAUCACACGGACCCAAACAUCGUAGUCAUGCUCAUUGGUAAUAAAUCAGAUCUUCGACACCUUGUGGCAGUUUCAACUGAGGAUGGAAAGUCAUUUGCUGAGAGGGAAUCACUCUACUUCAUGGAAACUUCUGCACUGGAAGCCACUAAUGUGGACAAUGCCUUCUCUGAAGUUCUUACUCAGAUCUAUCGCAUUGUGAGCAAGAAGGCCAUGGAGGCGGGUGAUGAUGGAAAUGCUUCGGCUGUCCCCUCCCAAGGAGAGAAAAUUGAUGUUGGUAAAGAUGUGUCUGCAGUGAAGAAAGGUGGGUGCUGUUCAACCUAGGGUUUUCAACUGAAUUCACUCGCGUUAAUAGAUGCGGCUUGUUUGUUUGCAGCAUCUGUUUCUGUGUACACCAUGAUUGUGUAGAAUUUUCUCAAAAGGCCUACUACAUUAGGAGAUAUCUUAGAAUUUUUUUCGACCAAGGCUGUUAUUUUUUGCAUGAAUGCAGAGCUUGCUUGAUUAGACACAGGAUGUUGUUAUAUGUGUUGUUUUCAUUCAGCUGGUAAGAUUGUGCUUAAAUUCUUACGCAAUUUGUUUGAUAUAAAUGCCAUUUCAGACGUCUUCGAUUUGAA